CCGUACAGGCAACACGCGACUCGCGUUCGAAAUUUGGACUUUUUCAAAAAUGGAAUCGCAAACCGCAAUUGCAAUUCCAUCAAUAGAAAAUGGCCAGUGUGCGGACUUUUUAAAUUUUUCUUUUUUUUUCUAGAAUAUAUUUUGCAUUACUCGUAGACUAUUAAAUAGCGUGUAAAUAGUUAAAGAAAAGACAAUAAACUUAACAGUGCGGUCGUUUAGCGUAUCGCUCGAUUUCAGUUUGCGUUUUCAGUUAGGCGGCUCCUGUAAAUUGUUCGCGGCGACAUUUUUGUUUGUUUUCAUCGAAAGUGACUGGACUGGUGACAUUUGAAAUCGAAGGUAUUCGUAAUUGAAGCACAGCGUUUACGUGUCGUCUAGUGAAAUUUACUGACUUUGAAAAAUUUUUUUGGAAAGUAUACAAAUUCUCUGUGAAGUGCUUCUGGAUUAAUUUUCGCACAACCAGCUGAUUCAGUUGUUAAAAAUCACACCAAAGAAAUAAAGUCAUAUACUCUUGACAGAGUGGUCGUGGUUUUUAUAAUGAUAGUGGAUCGUCGAUGAGGCCCUCCUUCGCGAUCGAGGUUCUCGCAAUAUGUCUCCAUCUACUUCUGUUCGCAGCCGAGCGAGAGCGUUCCACAAUAUACUGCUGUGUGGCCGUUUUGAUAAGAUGAAUCAAAAGUGCAAGGUGUGCGGCGAACCGGCGGCCGGGUUCCACUUUGGCGCCUUCACCUGCGAAGGAUGCAAGUCAUUCUUCGGCCGCUCAUACAACAACUUGAACUCCAUCACGGAAUGCAAAAACAACGGGGAAUGCGUCAUCAACAAGAAAAACAGAACUGCGUGCAAGGCUUGUCGACUCCGGAAGUGUCUUAUGGUGGGUAUGUCCAAGUCUGGCUCCAGAUACGGUAGAAGGUCCAAUUGGUUCAAAAUCCACUGCCUAUUACAAGAACAGCAAGCUGCACAAGCCCAGUCUCCGCCGCGAGUACCGCCGCCCCCACAUCAUUUAGCGCCACCAUUUCCACCACAUCUGUUCCCAGGCCUGGCGAGGCCGCGAACGAAAGAGGAACUCGCAUUACUAGGCCUCGAUGAGUACAAACCAUGCUCAGGCUCUCCUGACUCGCAUCGUAGUGGCUCAUCACCAAAACUGGAUGAGAAAGCGAGGAUCACACAGUCGCGGCCACCAGAUAGACCACUGACACCGUCCAGAGACGCCUUCAUGCCAUUACCCUUAGCCAACAUAGCUUCCUUGCCCCAUUUUCCACAUUCGCCGUUCUUACCACCACCGCCCUUUAGCCCGUUUGCUGCCAACCAUCCCUUGCUAUUUCCACCAGGUUUCCACCCCAUAUACUCAAGGCAUUUGUUAGACCAUGCAGCGCUGCGACAAGCUGCAGAAAAUAACAACGACGUCCGAAUCGACGACCACAAUGCCGAUUCAUCGAAGCGAUUCUUCUUGGAUGAAAUUUUAAAGCAGCAAAGGUCCGCGCAGCCUACACCACAAGAAGACACGUUCUCCGAAACAGAAUUCGUUCCCACUCCUUCAACGGAGCGAAGAACGUCUGAAUCUCCGCAAGAGAAUCCAAUGGAUCUAUCGGUGAAAUCGGAUGGUAGGUCUAGUUCUGCCCGACGGAGGUCAGACGACAGUGAAAUUAUAACACCAGAUAAUGAAGACGGCGAGUCUGCCAGCGGCGCGGGCUCUGUCAGUGAAGAAGAAGACGUAUCCUACUCACAAAUAAAAAGGAUUAAGCUCCAUCCGCUGGACCUUACGACCAAAGUAUGAUAACGCGCGCGCCGUGUUCUAGUGCCGUUACAAUGAACUAUCAACAACAGCCAUAGAAAGUUCAUAUUUUCGUCUCUAUCCAGUGAUCAACUCUACUUUCUGACCAUGUGGUCCGGCAUAGAAUAGGCCACCCAUUCAUUCCUCGUGAAUGUCGUAAAAAACGACUAAAGGAGGACGAGAGAUGGACAGCAGCGCCCAUCUUAAAUCAUCACCAAAACCUGAUUAGCUUGCCAAUCUGCCUGCCAAGCAUAGCAACUACUGGUAAAACCCCCUAAGGGGAGGCUUAUCUGCAGCAGUGGACAAUUAAAGGCUGAUAUGAUGAUGAAGAUCAACUCUGCCCCUAUUUUUAUCUAAUUUUGUUCACCAAUAGAAAUCAAGCAUAAUUGAUCAAAAAAUUUUUUGUUCAUUCAUGUUUGCUAUUGGUAUAUCACCAAUAGCCUUUCAUCAUCAUUAUAACAGCCCUUAAUCGUCCACUGCUGAACACGCUGAACAUUGGCAACCGCAGUCGCUUAGAGAUGUUUUAAGAGGGACGCUGCUGCCCAUCUUUCGCCGCCCCUUAGUCGUCUUUUAACGCGAAAUUGGUAGGCGACUAUCAAGCCUUCCUUCUGGUAAUCGUGCUUUCUGGUCGCUUACCAAAGCCGCCCAAGGAAACUUUUGUCAGUCGUCUUUUCCGCCACUUCGGAAACCGAAUGGUAUCUUGGCCUACAGAGCUAAAGAGAAAGCCGAUCUAUUAGGUAAUCUCUUUGCCGCUAACUCGACUAUAGACGAAGGUAAUUCUGCACCACCUACCAUCCCGUGAUGUAGAAACUCUAUGCCGGAAAUUACCAUAACACAAUAUAAAGUCUGACGGGAGUUAUUAUCCUUAGUUGUCUAUAAGUCGAGUAGGCCAAACGGUAUACCAGCAGUGCUCCUAAAGCAGUGUGCUCCGGAACUAUGUCCUGCAUUAACGCGUCUCUUCACGAUCUCGUAAUCCACAGGGCAAUUUCCUUCGACAUGGAAGACCACCCUUGUACAUCCUGUACCUAAAAAGGGUGAUAAGUUGGACCCUUCAAAUUACAGGCCGAUAGCGGUCGCCUCCCUUCUCUCUAAGGUGACGGAGCGUAUAAUUAACGUACAGCUAUUGAGAUACCUAGAGGAUCACGAUUUAUUGAGUGACCGCUAAUUCGGCUUUCGCUGUAGUCGAAGUAAAAAAAAUCUACAGAGGUCGGUUUUAUUUUGCCGACCUGCGACUUUCUUUCUCUCGUGUCAUUGAAAGGUGUCUGUUGUCUUCUUAUGAUAUUACUUCAUUUCACACGAUCUUCAGCCUCUCGCAGGCCAGCUGCAAUUGACAGUCCCGUAACGGCGGUUACUUGGUCCGACCAUCGACUAGGUGAUCAAUCGAUAUGCGACACUCUGGCUAAAUUACAACAGUAAGUUACAACGGACAACAUGUGGUCAGUUGCAAUGAAGUUGAAGUCAUAAAAUUUGACAAGUUAAACAAAAGUCUUGCUCCAUUCGUUAGUUGACUAGAAUUAUUUUGUUUAAUUCCACUAUCAUUAGUACACGUGCCACUAUAAUUACUGUAACUACUACUACUGCUAAUACACAUACUAACGGUAGCGGAAUUAAACAAAAUAAUUCUAAUCAAAAUAAAUAAUUUUGAUAAUUAAACAAAAUAAUUUUGAUAAAUGGACGCGCGUGGCUGUUGCUGAUAGAACAUUAGUAAAUAAUUUAAGGCCAGUAAAUCGGAUUGUGAUUUUAAAAAUAAGUAAAAAGAUAAAAAGCCUAUCGGGAUAUUGUAAAUUUUUAUUGAUUAAAUAAGAGUCUAUCCAAAUACAUACAUUAAGUAGUACAUAAUAAUAUGUUAUCAAUACAACAAACCCGGUAAAAUGGUUAUGUACAAAUUGUAAUGUAAAUAAUAAAUUAUUUUGUAUAAUGUAAGCCAUAGUUUAGCUUUAGUUAUUGUAAAUGGAUACCAACAGUGUGUUGUAACAUUCCAAUAGAGACGUUAAAAACCUAUAUUUUUAUAUGUAAUCGAAUUUUAAUUUAUUUCAUUUAGUAGAAUUUUGAUUGAAGAGUUGUUUUGACAAUUUGAAAUUUAUUAAAUUCGGGUGCAUAAAGAAGUGUGGCUUGUGCAUUGCCUUCGUUUUCCAUCUAUCCUUAGUGAACUUUAACCAUGGCUGGUCUUACAAUGUGUGUAACUAUAUAAAUACACGUAAUAUUUUUUUUUAUACCACUCGUACGUAUAAAAACAAAAGACAUACUCUGUACAUUCCUAUAAUAUUGCUCAAAGAACCGUUGUAAUAUUUUUUUUUGUUCUAUGUAUUCUAACGUCUACUAGAUAAAGUGGCCGUAGUGAAGUUAGUCACGGAAUAUACGAAUAUACUCAAAUAUAAUACUGUGUAGUGGCGCGUCAGGUUGUGUACAUAAAUGUGUAUUGUACUAGUAGUUAGCGCGUUUCGAAUUAUAUGAAACAUUGUCACGUUUGUAAUGAAUGCAUUCCACGGCGAGUUGAAAAAUAAAAUAAUCAUGCACUCGA